UGCACCUGUGUUUUUUAUAAUUUUAAUUUCAGAUUUUCAAUGCUGCGAUAAAGUUUAACUAUCACACUCAAAGGAUUUAAAAAGGUUAAAAAUGGCUGAUUUAAACACUAAAUACCAGAAACUAGCAACAGAGUAUGCUAAGCUCAGGUCCCAGGUUGGAGUUCUGAAGAAGGGGGUUCUAGAGGAGCAGGAGAAAAACCAGCAGCUCACAGAUCUGAUUCAUGAACGGGACACACAGUUGCGUAAACAUGAGAGUGAAAUGGAGGGAGUCCUUUUCAGAAACCAGCAAUUAACAAAACGAGUAAAUGUUCUUCAGGACGAGAUAGAUGGUUUUCAGGUGAAAUCGAAAAGCAAGAAAAGGAAUGGAUCACAGAACAGAGACGAAGCUGAAAGAGUGAUUAAUGAAGAACUUGUGUCCAAAAUCACCGAAAAUGCAAGACUCCACGCUACCCUGGAUGAUAUUGAGAAGCAGUAUGAAAACACUAUACUCAGUCUUCAAAAUCGGGUUCAGGAUCUUGAAAAGGAGAAAUCUCUGUUAGGAAACGCGCAGAAGAAUAAAGAAGAAGAAUUAUCCGACACGGUCUCAAUUAUUGAGAGGGAGAAGGAUGAGCUAAGAUCCAGGGUGACCAACCUUGAAAGGGAUUUAGCAUUAAGGUAAGAAUGA